AUGUCGCAAGUGCCUGGGCCGCCGAGCGCGCCUGCCGCGGCUGUCGAAUUGCCAAAGGACAAGCUGUGGAGAAAGCUGAAGCAAGAGCCGAUCGUGCCCAUUGGUAAGUGACGCAAGGCAUCAGCAAAGCGAUUGCCCCCUCGUAGCUUGCGAGCAGGUCUCAACAGUUGGUCGCUCACCCAUUCAACGUCCCUCCACUGGCAUACUCUUUAGGCUGCUUGGCCACUUGCGGCGCACUACUUUGGGCUUCGUAUGCCUUGCGCAAAGGGGACAGGAGGAACUUUCAGAUCGCCCUGAGAUGGCGCGUGGGGCUACAGGGUCUCACAGUUCUGGGAGCAGUAGCAGGUAUGCUCCUCCUCAAACCAGGCGAAGCAGCUCAAUCCACACCCGAGUCUGUCAAGGUGGCCAGUGUUCCAGGUAGACCUCCAACCAAUCGGCAAGUCGAAAAGGCGAGCGCGGAUCAGGACACUACUCGAGCCGAGUUUGCUCAGAGGAUGGCAGAGGCGGAAGAGAAGGAGAGACAAAGAGACUUGGCGGAGAAGGAAGCGGUGGAAAAGUUGCUCAGACCUGGACCCAAGGAACAGAGACCACGUCCUGUAUUCGGUCAAGAUAAGCGCACAUUCUAA